AUGGCGGCAGUGCAGACCCUGCGCCGCUCACCCGCCCCGCCAGCUCUCGCCCCUUCUGCCAGCUACGAUGAUGCCGACCUGGAUGCAGCCGCGCUGAAGCUGGAUGAACACUCGCGCCUGCUGCGCGCCGACAUGCUGGCGCAACUCCUAGACUGCAAGCGGAAGCUUGGCGAGCGGCAGCAGGCGGCGGCAGCGGCGGCGGCUGCGCAGGGCGCAUCACAGCUGGCCGCAAAGCAGCAGCAGGUGGAUGCUGCCAGCGCUGAGCUGGCACGGCAGCGGGAGAUCGUGCGGCGCACCGGCACCGUGCUGUUCAAGGCGGCGCGAUGGCGGCGGCAGCUCUCUCUGGGCUGCAGAUCAUGGCGUGCCUGGCGGGCGUAUGUGCGCAGGCAGCGCAGUCUGAAGGCCAGGGUGCAGGCUGCCACCGAGCACUACGAAGUUAUGGCACAGGCCGCUUCAGCUGUGGAGGCGGAGCGGCAGCGCAUCACACAGGAGGCGCAGCAGCUCGCCGCCCAGCAUGCACAGCGGCUGGCGGAGGUGGAGCAGCAGCUGGCGGCGGCGCUCGAGGCGCGAGCCGUGCUAGAGGCUGACACGAAGCGGGCGUUCAUGCGGGGGGUCUGCGCCCUGAACUUGGAGGUGAGCCUGCAAUGGCGCUGA